ACAAAUGGGACAGGGAAAAAUACCCAUCCGCCGGAUCGAGAACACAAGCACAAGGCAAGUUACCUUCGCCAAACGCCGUGUAGGGCUUUUGAAGAAAACCCAUGAGCUGUCCGUGCUCUGUGAUGCCGAGAUCGGACUUGUCAUCUUCUCCAGCUCUGGAAAGAUGUUUCAGUACUGCAGUCAAUCUUCCAGCAUGGAUCAGAUCAUAAACAAGUACCAUCUUGCCCGUGGGAUUCAUCCAGAAAACACUAACGACCCAGUGUUCUCUCAUUGUGAACAAAUGCAAGGUGAAAUGAGAAGAAUGAGAAAAGAAACUCACAAUCUUCAAUUAAGUCUGCAACGUUACACGGGUGACAUCGACCUGACGGCCGUCCAUUACGAAGACCUAGUUGAACUUGAAGGCCAACUGGAGAACUCAGUUAACAAGGUCCGAGCUCGCAAGUUUCAACUCCUACAGCAGCAACUGGACAAUCUUCAGAGGAAGGAGCGUAUGUUGGAAGAGGAAAACCAGCAAAUCUACCAGAUGAUUAAAGAGACACAGAUGGCAUGGGAGCAGCAGCAGGUAGCAAUUGCUGGACAUCCGAAGCAAGAAGCCGAACAUCGACAACUGCUGGAUCUUUUCGAUCCAUUUUCUGGAGAAGAGCAACCCAGCAGUUUUCUUCAACUAGCCCUUCUCUCCCCACGCUUCCAACCACCUUAUCGCCUCCAGCCUACUCACCCCAAUUAUCUUCAAGAUUUCACUCUUCAUGACAACGCCACCUAUGAGUGAUCAGAUGUACAUGCUACAAAUUUUAAUCUUCUCAUGAAGUGGCAAGAUAUGUAGAUGAGAUGAUAACAAGAAAACACCUUUAGUUUGGAUUUCUUAUCGC